GUUUUCUUACGUGCAGGUUGAAAGACACAAACAACCGUCCACCGCAUUACAGUCCUUCUUAUCCGUAACUAAUUUCAGUUUUUUUGUUUUACAAGACUAAAUUUGUGGAAAAGCAAUGGGACGUGAGUCAAGACACUACAGGAAACGUUCCGCGUCUCGGGGACGGUCAGGUAGCCGGUCAAAGAGUCGCUCCCCGGACAAACGCUCCAAGAAAGACGACCGGGACCGCGACCGAAGCAGGAGGGAGCGGUCACGGAGCCGGGAACGCCGUCGGUCCCGGUCCAGAGACAGAAAACGAGCCAGGCGCUCCAGGAGCAGAGACAGAAGGAGGAGCAGAAGCCGAGAGAGGAGGAGGUCAGGCAGCAGAACGCGAGCCCGGAGGUCCCGAUCUGGUAGCCCCAGCAAGAGCAGAAGACCAGAUGAAAAGUCAAGAAGCAAUGAGAAAGACAACAUUGAUCCGUUAUCUGACAAGAAAAAGAUUAAAGAAGAAAAAGAGGAUGAGAAGGUUGAAGAUCAAGACUUUGAUCAGAACAAACUAGAGGAGGAGAUGAGGAAGAGGAAGGAGCGUGUGGAGAAGUGGAGGGAGGAGCAGAGGAAGAAGGCCAUCGAAAACAUUGGCGAGAUCAAGAAAGAACUGGAGGAGAUGAAGCAGGGCAAGAAGUGGAGCCUGGAGGAUGAUGAUGAUGACGACGAAGACAUUUCAGCUCCAAUGGAGGCCGAUGACGAUGAAGAUGGGGAAGGGAAGGGGGAGAGAAAAGAGAAGGAGAUAAAGGAGGAGAAGAAAGAAGAGGGUGAGAAGGAGAAGGAGACGCCCAUGGAGCAGCAGGCCGAGGAAGACGAUGUGGAUCCUCUGGACGCCUACAUGGAGGAGGUGAAACAGGAGGUGAAGAAGUUCAACAUGGGAGCCAUGAAAGGAAACGAUAAGAAAGGAGCAAUGACAGUAACCAAAGUGGUGACAGUUGUUAAAACCAAGAAGGGACCUCACACUCACAAGAAGAAGGGUGAGCUGAUGGAGAAUGACCAGGAUGCUAUGGAAUACUCAUCAGAGGAGGAGGAGGUGGAUCUGCAGACGGCUCUGACGGGCUUCCAGACCAAACAGAGGAAGAUCCUGGAGCCUGUUGACCACGGGAAGAUCCAGUACGAGUCGUACCGCAAAAACUUCUAUGUGGAGGUCCCUGAGCUCGCCAGGAUGACUCAGGAUGAUGUGACUGCAUACAGACUGGAACUGGAAGGGAUUACUGUAAAAGGGAAGGGCUGUCCCAAACCCAUCAAGACCUGGGUGCAGUGUGGGGUGUCUAUGAAGAUCCUCAGUGCUCUGAAGAAGCACAGCUACGAGAAGCCCACCCCAAUCCAGGCCCAGGCAAUCCCUGCUAUCAUGUCGGGUCGAGACCUGAUUGGCAUCGCUAAAACUGGCAGUGGGAAAACCAUAGCCUUCCUGCUGCCCAUGUUCCGACACAUCAUGGACCAGAGGCCCUUGGAAGAGUCUGAGGGACCAAUCUCUGUAAUCAUGACUCCCACCAGAGAGUUGGCUCUGCAGAUCACCAAGGAGUGUAAGAAGUUCUCUAAACCACUGGGACUCAGGGUGGUGUGUGUUUAUGGAGGCACGGGUAUCAGUGAACAGAUUGCUGAGCUGAAGAGAGGUGCUGAGAUCAUCGUUUGCACGCCGGGAAGAAUGAUUGACAUGUUGGGGGCCAACAGCGGUCGAGUCACCAACCUGCGGCGAGUUACAUAUGUGGUGUUGGAUGAAGCAGACAGGAUGUUUGACAUGGGCUUUGAGCCACAGGUGAUGCGUAUUGUAGACAACAUACGUCCAGACCGUCAGACUGUCAUGUUUUCAGCCACCUUCCCCAGAGCCAUGGAGGCGCUGGCUCGUAGGAUCCUGGCCAAGCCCAUUGAGGUCCAGGUGGGAGGCCGCAGUGUCGUCUGCUCUGAUGUGGAACAACACGUGCUGGUGAUUGAUGAGGACAAGAAGUUCCUGAAGCUGCUGGAGCUGCUCGGUCACUACCAGGAGAAGGGCUCGGUCAUCAUCUUUGUGGACAAGCAGGAGCAUGCAGACGGACUGCUCAAAGACCUGAUGAAAGCCUCGUACCCCUGCAUGUCACUGCACGGAGGAAUUGACCAGUAUGACAGAGACAGCAUCAUCAAUGACUUUAAAAAUGGAGCAUGCCGUCUGAUGGUGGCCACCUCUGUGGCUGCCAGAGGCCUGGACGUCAAGCAGCUGAUCCUGGUGGUCAACUACAGCUGCCCCAACCACUACGAGGACUACGUCCACAGGGCCGGACGCACAGGCCGAGCAGGAAACAAGGGCUACGCCUACACCUUCAUCACAGAGGAUCAGGUUCGCUAUGCUGGUGAUAUCAUCAAAGCCUUGGAGCUGUCCGGCUCUCCUGUCCCACCUGAACUGGAGCAGCUUUGGGCCUCCUUCAGAGACCAACAGAAAGCGGAGGGUAAGACCAUUAAGAGCAGCAGCGGCUUCUCAGGAAAAGGCUUCAAGUUUGACGAGACAGAACAUGCCUUGGCCAAUGAGAGAAAGAAGCUGCAGAAAGCUGCUCUCGGACUGCAGGACUCUGAUGAUGAGGAUGGAGCCCUGGAUAUUGAGGAGCAAAUCGAGAGCAUGUUCAACUCCAAGAAGAGGGUGAAGGACCUGUCUGCUCCCGGGGCGGCCGCCGGUGCUGCAGGAGCAGUUGCCGCCACGGCAGCCGUCCCUGGAGGGCUGCCAGGCCUCGGGCCCACGUCUGCUGGAAACAUCCAGAAACUGGAGAUGGCCAAGAGGCUUGCGCUCAAAAUCAACGCUCAGAAGAACCUGGGCGCCGAGGCUCAGGACGUGAUGCAGCAGGCCACCAACGCCAUCCUGCGGGGCGGCACCAUCAUGACACCCUCGGUGUCAGCCAAGACCAUCGCAGAGCAGCUGGCGGAGAAGAUCAAUGCCAAGCUGAACUACACCCCCGUGGAGAAGCUGGAGGAGGAGCGGCAGGCGGCUGAACAGGCUGAGACCGUCAAGCGAUACGAAGAGGAGCUGGAGAUCAAUGACUUCCCUCAGACGGCCAGGUGGAAGGUGACUUCUAAAGAAGCUCUGCAGAGGAUCGGUGAAUACUCUGAGGCCGCCAUCACCAUCAGAGGAACCUAUUUCCCUCCAGGAAAAGAGCCAAAGGAGGGAGAACGCAAGAUCUAUCUGGCUAUUGAAAGUGCAAAUGAACUGGCUGUGCAGAAAGCCAAAACGGAGAUUACGCGGCUAAUCAAGGAAGAGCUCAUCAGAUUACAAAAUUCCUACCAGCCUACGAGCAAAGGCCGGUACAAAGUGUUGUAGAGGAGGAAGCAAGGUUCGAUGGUGGAUGUCUCUGCAGCCUCCUGUCAUCUCCACAAUUUCAUCAAAGCGAUUGAAGAAUAUUUUAGUCUAUAUUUUUAAUGUUUCCUUCGAUCAAGUUUUGUGUCUUUUUUUUUUUUUGGUUUCCUCUGUGCUUCAGUCCCUGUUGAUUUUAUAUCUAUUUUUGACCUCCGGUGUCAUCGAACUGUCACAAUUCUGCAAUGAGCGAUCUGUAAUAUGUCUUCAAAUAAAAGGCAUUUUCUUUAAUGUUAUUUUGUUUUUGGUCAGGUUUUACUCUUGUAUGCAGAAGCAACACACCAACCAUAGUCUUUAUGAAGAGAUGCUCAGAUGAAAGAUGUUUUUACUUUUUCCUCACAAUAAAGCCAAGUGUUGCGAAGGAAAUGAACUUGAUUUGUGCAGCUGUUUGCAUUAACAAAUCUGCUUUAUAACUGUACUCUUACCGACUGUUUCAAUUAUUCAACAGGCUUUCGUUUGUAUAUUAUUCAUC